UGGAUUUACGGCAUUGCAGUAAAGUGACAACCUCACGUGUGAAAGUUGUUGGUGUCUUUACUGAGUGGCUAACGUUAGCUUAAUAAGUGGCUAACGUUAGCUUAAUAAGUGGCUAACUUGAGCUCACUGAGGUCACAGCGACACUCUCGGUGGAUUAGGAUGCUAAGACUCGCAUGGCGUCGGUCGGUGUCCACAAGCAGCGGCAGUGAGCCUGCUCGCCUCCUGACUGCGGGGAUCUGUGGAGCGGACAGCUGGCAGCAGAGGUCCGGGGGCAACGCGAGGGGUUUCAGACUCACUCCCCUCCCACCACCAGGCGACCAGUCCCCGCUGCUCCAUCCUCAGCCGGCCCGCUUCCUCAGUCCGUCUGUCUUCAUGAGCAUGGCAUCAGGGGGUGAAGGUCCACCCUCCACUCCUCACAGACACACCAACAGGUUAGCCAAGGAGAGGUCACCCUACCUUCUACAACAUGCGCACAACCCUGUCGACUGGUAUCCAUGGGGACAAGAUGCUUUCGACAAAGCCAGGAACGAGGACAAACCGAUUUUUUUAUCCGUGGGCUACUCGACGUGCCACUGGUGCCAUGUCAUGGAGAGGGAGUCAUUCGAGGAUGAGGAAAUUGGAAGAAUUCUCAGCGACAACUUUGUCUGCAUCAAACUGGACCGAGAAGAGAGACCUGAUGUGGACAAGGUCUACAUGACCUUUGUUCAGGCAACAAGUGGAGGUGGAGGAUGGCCCAUGAGCGUUUGGUUGACCCCUGAUCUUAAACCUUUCAUUGGAGGCACCUACUUUCCUCCUAGAGACCAUGGGAGACGACCUGGACUCAAGACAGUCCUGUCCAGAAUCAUGGAACAGUGGCAGAAUAACCGUCCUGCUUUGGAGUCCAGCGGGGAGAGGAUCCUUGAAGCUCUAAAGAAAGGCACCGCUGUAGCUGCAAACCCUGGGGAGAGUCCACCUCUGGCCCCAGAUGUUGCUAAUCGCUGCUUCCAGCAGUUGGCCCAUUCUUACGAGGAGGAGUACGGAGGCUUCAGAGAUGCUCCCAAGUUCCCGAAACCAGUGAAUCUGAUGUUCCUCAUGUCUUACUGGUCUGUGAAUCGCUCCACGUCAGAAGGGGUUGAGGCUCUUCAGAUGGCCUUGCACACACUCCGCAUGAUGGCGCUGGGAGGCAUCCACGACCACGUGGCACAGGGUUUUCAUCGUUACUCCACUGACUCCUCCUGGCAUGUUCCGCACUUCGAAAAGAUGUUGUAUGACCAAGCUCAGCUGGCUGUGGCCUACAUAACUGCCUCCCAGGUAUCAGGCGAGCAGCUCUUUGCAGAUGUGGCUAAGGACAUACUGCUCUACGUCUCCAGAGACCUUAGCGACCAGUCCGGGGGCUUCUACAGUGCUGAGGAUGCAGACUCUGUCCCAUCUUCGGGGGGGACAAAAAAGCGAGAGGGGGCUUUCUGUGUCUGGACAGCCUCAGAAGUUCGGGAGCUGUUGCCAGACAUGGUGGAAGGCGCCAGUGAAGCUGUCACUCAGGCAGACAUCUUCAUGCACCACUAUGGGUUCAAGGAGCAGGGCAACGUUUCUGUAGAACAGGACCCCCACGGGGAGCUGGAAGGUCAGAAUGUGCUGAUCGUGCGUUAUUCAGUGGAGUUGACGUCUGCUCGCUUUGGCAUCAGUGUCGAGAAGGUGAACGAGCUCCUGGCUGCUGCCAGAGCCAAGAUGGCAGAAGUGAGGACCAGUCGGCCACGCCCACAUGUGGACACCAAGAUGUUAGCCUCCUGGAAUGGUCUGAUGUUGUCGGCCUACGCUCGUGCCGGAGCUGUGCUGGGGGACAGGGCCCUGCUGGAGAGGGCAGCGCAGGCUGGCAACUUCCUCAAGGACCACCUGUGGGAUGCUGAACGGCAGACCAUCCUCCGAACCUGUUACCGUGGAGACCAGAUGGAGGUGCAACAGAUCUCUCCACCCAUCUCCGGCUUCCUGGAUGAUUAUGCCUUCAUCAUUUGUGGCUUGUUGGACCUGUACGAGGCCACGCUGCAGACGGAGUGGCUGCAGUGGGCCGAGGAGCUCCAGCUCAGACAGGACGCGCUGUUCUGGGACGAGCAGGGUGGAGGCUACUUCUGCAGCGAUCCCAGCGACAGCACCGUGCUGCUGCAACUCAAAGAGGAUCAGGACGGAGCUGAGCCCAGUGCUAACUCGGUGUCUGCGUCCAAUCUCCUGCGUCUGUCCCACUACACUGGAAGACAUGAGUGGCUUCAGAGCUCCCAACAACUGCUGACGGCUUUCUCCGACCGUCUGACCAGGGCUCCCAUAGCCCUCCCUGAAAUGGUCCGAUCUCUUAUGGCCCAACACUACACGCUUAAACAGAUCGUGAUCUGUGGCCAGAGGGAUGCCCCAGACACCACAAGCCUUGUGGCAGCUGUCAACUCCCUCUUCCUACCACAUAAGGUCUUGAUGCUCGUCAACGACGACGACAGCUUCCUGUGCCAGCGUCUGCCUGUCCUCUCCUCCAUGGCACAGCAGGACGGUGUCGCCACAGCCUACGUCUGCCAGGACUUCACCUGCUCUCUGCCUGUAACUGACCCCCAAGAACUGCGUCGCCUCCUGCUGGACGGGACCACGGACACGCAGGCAGAAUGACGACCAAAGAAUUUUAUUUUUGUGAAAUCCUCAAAGACUGUACUCUCUCAGUCUGCAGCCGUAGCUCAGCUGUUUAUGGUUUGCUGUUGUCGUUGUCUGUCAGUGGGUCUGCACUUACACCUUAACUCCUCUUUUCUUUAGUAGUAACACCAGCUUUAUAUACCUCAAAUAUCAAGUUUCAUCGUAGCAGGCUUUCUGGAGUCAGGUGCACAAACAUCCGUAUAAAGAAAUAUGCACAGCAGCAGUGGCAGCUUUCUAAAAACACAGCACUUUGUACAAAAUGUCCAGGCUUGACUUUUAGCCCCAAAAUAAACUACAGACUCCUCAGACGAUAAUCGAAAACCACUUGGAUGAACAUGGCCGUCAGUAUUUCGCAGAGGAACCUGUCUGCCCGGCUGUCCGCUCCGCUCCGCGCCCCGACUUCCAGCUCCCACAUCCACGUCACAUGGAUCUGACAGUGGACGCCUGCAUGCCCUGGUUGUGUGUGAGCGUGUUUAAAAAGAAAAUAGUUGGUUUGCAGGCUUGUAUGUAUCCCUGUACAUAAAUUGAAAUGUUUCAUCAUGUGUGCAUUUGGUUUAACUUUUUCUUUUCCAUUUUUAUUUGUUGUGACAAAUGCGACUUAACACAGGAGACGUUACGAGACAGACCGUACUGCAAUGGGUGAAAAAAAGAUAGGAGGAAAGUAAAUGUAUUAGAUUUUUGUGUGUGUAAGAGAGAGCAUUUGAUUUUGUCGAAUCCGUGUGUCAGUGCAGGUGUAGAGUUAAGUCAAAGGAACUGGAAGAUUCAUUUAUAAUGGGGAAGUAGUGGAACAAACAAAAACAUCAAUAAUUUUUUCUCAAUCAUUUUUAGUGCUUUAAAAUUGAGGGGUUUCCCCUCCUGAGCCGCCCCCUGGUCCUGGGGAAGAGGCUCGCUGACAGGGGUGCACCUCAUCGCCAUUCACCCAUCCUGAGCAGCCCCCAGACCAGACUGGGGGAGAGUCUGUUCUUGUGGGGAGAGGGAUUCAAAUGUUACCCACCCACUAUUCCACAAACGUCUGUCUGUCUGUCUAUGGAACGUGUAUCUUGCAAUCCGUUCAACUUAUCAGAUUCACACUUGGCAUGUGUCUUGAUAAUGGCUCAGGGAAGUGCAGUGCUGAGUUUAGUAGGAAUUUGGACGAGCGAUACGUUCAAUAUUAAUACAAAUUUAAUAAACCUGCCACCAGCGCUCUGCAGCAGACAGGACCCAGUUCAACAUGUCUCGUUUUACAUCCUCUGAUAAACUUCAGCAGUGAUUUGAAACUGGGUCAAACUACAGGUCAACAGAUGUUUUUCCUUUUCUUUUUCUGAAACCAUACAAAGUUUGACUGACACAUACAUUGAUGGGUGGUCAUGGUAACAACACUCAUACAAUAACUUCCUCUUUAGCAAUAAGCCUUGAAAGUAAAAGCAAGACCUCUGAAAUAGCCGACAUGCAAUGCAUGAAAAAAUAACAGCGGUUCCAUAAAUCAUUCAAAUGAAAGAUUAUUCAGUUGCAUUUGAAGAAAAACACUGACUGUAAAAUAUUCCCUGCAGUUAAACCAGGUAGGAUGAACACAAAGUUCAAACUUCACUGCACUAUACACAACAAGCACACAAACAGUAAAAAAGUGACAGCAUGUUAAAGAACUGUUUGAGGAGGACUCACUAAUGACAAGGAAUAAUUCUGAAGUAGCUCCAGAGCAAUAACACGGGACAAGAGAACAGAACAUUCCAAACAGGCAGGUUAAGAACUGGCACUGCACUUGUGAAUAUGAAAGAGAAGAAGAAGGGGGGGGGGGGCUACUCUGAUGUUUGGUUUAACUUGUAGUAACCUCCCAGUGAAGGAGCUGCUCUCUAACAAGCCUCCGUUUACCAUCUGCUCUCAGCUUUGAUGGUUACUUCUGUUUUCUUCUGCUGUGGCAGAAUCUGGCAUCCUGUGAUUUUUAUUGGAAGUUAAGACGACAAUAACAAACAGCAUGUAUACAACCCUGAUCAAUAAAACUGUAUCUUCUCA